UUUUGAAUUUUUGGGACUCAUAGAUUCAUUCUCACUUGUUUAUCAUAAACCCUAAACCCUUCCAUCUAAUUCUAAACCCUGCACUUGCGUUUUCCAAUCCCAGUGUCCGGUGUUGUGUUCUUCAAUGGCACGCUUGCUCCGUUCCUUCAGAAAAACCCUAACCCUAAAUCCCCAAAUUCACAUUCAACAACAACGACUAUGCAUUUCUCAUCCUCCUAUCAUCAUUUCCCGAAGAACUUACAUCUCCGAAAUGCGCAAAGAAGCUUUCGAAGGAAACAUUUCCAGACUCCUUCGUAACGAAAUCCAGUAUGAGAUUCAAUCCUCGUCUUCUUCCAAACCCCCUACUAACAAGUUUGGUUCCUUUAUGGUGGAUGGCCGACCUGGUGAGCGAUGGAUUACAUUGAAUAGACAAUUUGCCGAUGAAAAUAUUAAAGUUGAAGUCACCAUGUUUGAUGGAGCUGCCCCUGCCCCGAAAGCAAGUGGUGGUGUGGCUAAUUCAGAUGAAGUGCAGCUACACAUUACCUUAAUUGUCAAUAUCUACAAGGGAGAUGGUGGUGUGCUGGAAAUCAUGUGCUCUGCUUGGCCAGAUAGUAUAGAGAUAAAAAGGCUGUUUGUACGUGCGGGCAAAGAUACUCCAGCUGAGCCCUAUGCUGGUCCUGACUUUGAGGAAUUGGAUGAUGAGUUGCAGGAUGGCCUUUAUGAUUUCUUGGAUGCAAGGGGUAUAGAUAAUAAACUAGCUACUUACUUGCAUCAGUACAUGAAACACAAGGACAAAACGGAGCUAAUAGGAUGGAUGGAGAAGGUUAAAUCUUUUAUUGAAAAGAAAUAAGUGCGUUGAAAUUUAUAAAUGUUCUAGAUGAGAUAAACCAUGAGAUCAUAUCUCUUGUCUAUUUUGUCACUGAAGUUUAUUUCAAAGAAAAUAAACACUUAUUUUUUGUUCACUUCUUUGGAAUAAUCAUUGUUUGUAGAAAUUGUAUAACUAAAUACGAAAUGACCAUAUUGUAUUUAUGUUUU